AUGUUGAGUCAAACGUACGGCUACAUCCGCGACCAAAUGAGUGCCAUAAGCGGGAUGAAUAGUUCUCCUCAACAACAACGGUUCUUUGAGCCGUCGCCUGUGGACGUACUUGUGCUCAAGGUUAUGGUCCAGAAGGCCAAGGGCAUCCCCUUGGAAAUCGUGGACACCAUUGUCGAGUUUGCCGAGUACUGGCCGUGCUCGCAUACCUCUGUCGACUACCGCAAUCCCGUUACCGGCCACGAAUCGAAGGCGUUUAGGCAGGAUGCUAACACUAUGGUGCUUCGAACACCACCAAUUGGAUUUCGCAAUCCACUGACCGACCGCUACUCGACGGACGAGAAAAUCCCGCCGGGAGAGAUUCGAAACGAGUGCGAGCUCAAACACUUUGAAAAGUACCUCGGUGAGGCCAUGCCGCCACUGAAAAACCCGGUCCGCAAGGUCGUGUUCACCCUCAAGAGCCGAGAUCAGGGUUGGGGCGGCGGCCCGAGCCAUGGGAUGUACGAAGGCUCAUAUACCUGGUUCGAGGCUGGCGUAGAGAAGUUUGACAUUGAUGCGCAAUCCACCGACCGAUCGACAAACCCGACCACUUCCUCCCAUAUUGCAAACUCCGGUCGAUUCAGCCCCGCCGAACACGAGUGGCGGCGAGUGCAACCGGGUUGCCGAACGGUCACCCAUGACGCAUACCAUCACCUGGACCUCGCAGGACGACGUCGCGAGCGACUCCCCGAAGCCGAGGAUCUCACGCUGUUUGGGAGAGGGGCGGGUACGGGCGACGGGAACUUUGUCAGAAAUCUAGAGGUCGGCGACGUGAUUACGGUAUGGGCGAAAUCUAGAUUUCCGGGCUGGGUGAAUAAUGUGUAUAGCGUAAAAGUCAGCGUGUACUGGGCUGUGUAG